AUGCCGAUGUCCCGCUUUCUGGCGUCCACCUCCGUCACGGCCGGCACCUUGAGCCAUGAGAAACUCAGGAAGAGCCCGUUCUUCGCUGAGUGUGAUGGCUCCUUCUUGACCAGGUUGAUCAAAGACCUUUCCGUGGAGCUCUUCACGGCCAAUGAGAUCAUCGUAGAGCAGGGAGACCAUGCUGAGAAGAUGUACUAUCUCAUGAUGGGCGAGGUCGAGGUUCUUGUGGGCCACGACCGUGUGCGCGUGGCCAAGUUGCAGGAGGGUACUGUCUUCGGUGAGAUGGCCAUGUUCAACCACCUUGGCAACAGCUUUGCCCGGCGAUCGGCUACCAUCCGCGCAGUUGGCUUCUGCGACACACGGGUGAUCAACACGGACCGUUUUCAUGCAAUCUUGAAGUCGCACCCGAAAGAACGUGUACGCUUUGAGAAGAUUGCCCAGGAGAGAAAGGUGAAGCUCGAGAAGUCCAAGGCAUUUCUGCGUCCGGAGACCCAGAUCCGGCCGACUGCCCAAAGCACUGACGGGGCCUCUCAGGCAGUGAAGCUGAAGGCCUUGCUGGGCCGCCGGGCCAGCCUUCCGGUGGAUUGGGCCAACGUGAGAUCCAGGGAUUUGCAAGAGAAUGCGCAUGAAAUGAAGGACGAGCAAUCUUGGGGGCCGCGCCCUGUGGUCUCGGCGGUCAACUCCAGCUCGUUUACGAUGUCGUUAGCCACGACCCUGGACCCGCUGGGCACCCACCGAGUUCUGGCGGUGCCAGAGGGGCCACAAGUGCUUGCUGAGAAUGACAGUUCAAGUUCCAGUGACAGCAGUAGCGACUCAGGCUUGGACAUUGAAGAUGACAAGCCGCCAUCAUCAGCCAGGAGACCAAGUCGCUCGCAGAGCCCUGUGGUGCAAUGCCCAGAGGGCCGGCGGCCCCGAGUGGCAUCGCUGCUUUCAGCCGUCCGAGAGGUGGCCUCGCCCACGCCCAGCGAGAAAGCAACUGGAAGGCAGCUUCCAAAGCGGAGGAGGAGGAGGAGGUCAGGCACCUUAUCGCCGUUGAUUGAGCUGCAUGACCAGAAGCCGCACCUGCCUAAAGCCAUCACAAGGUUGGAAGGCUGGAAAGCAGUCUUGGUCACUCAGGAACGGACAGAGCCGCCCUUCGAGCGGAAGUCCUGUUUGAAGUCCGCACGCUCCGCACGAUCGCGGCGACGGACCUCACGGCCUGAAUGGACGAUGCGGUAG